AUGGACAUGAAGAAUAAUGUAAUCAAAUCUGAGCGGCGUCUACUCAAUGUUUUGGGAUUUGUUGUUCACGUACACCACCCUCACAAACUCAUCUACAUCUACUUGCAUAUUCUUGGCUUAUUACGCAAGGAAAGUGAUCCAAACGCGACUAAGGAACAAAUUAAUAGGAGUAAGGAAUUGCUUCAAAAAGCUUGGAGUUAUAUGAACGACGGCCUUCGAACGGAUAUGUUUUUGCGUUAUACUCCCGAAACAAUUGCUUGUGCUUGUAUUCAAUUGGCAGCUAAAACUGUUGAACAACCUGUGAUUCUCCCUAAAUCGCCUUUCCCAUGGUUUGAACUCUUCGACGCAUCCGACCGGGACAUUCGUCUCAUUUCUCAAAUGUUAAUGUGUCUUUAUACAAGAACAAAAGCACCAAGUCUUGAUUUUAUUCAUUCGCAAUUGGAGAAACAUCAAAAACGACUUUCAGACUCUGAUAAAGCUAAAGAGUUGGCAGAGAAGGCAAAAGCUUAUGCUGAUAUACAGGAAGCGAUUAAAGCUGUAACAAGUACAAAAUCAACUUCAAAUGUUCAACAAACUAAAAAAGAUGACGAAAAAGCAGUGAAAGUUGAAGCGCCUCGUAUAUCAAAAAGCAUCACAAAACACAUCGGACCUCCAUUUAAUGUUAUGGUUGAUUCAACUUUUCUCAGUUAUAGCAUCAAAAAUCGAUUGGAUAUAAUGAAAGGAUUUAAGGAUUGUCUUCAUGAUAAAGUAAUUCCAUGUAUACCCGAAUGUGUUGUUGUUGAAUUGGAGAAGCAAAGUCGUUUCAAAUCAGUUUUGAAAAUUAUCAAUGAUCAUCGUUUUCAAAGAUUACAUUGUGCGCACAAAAAAAGCAUAUAUACUGACGAGUGUAUUCUUCAUAGAAUUACGCAGCACAAAAACUACAUCGUUGCUACUUGUGAUAGAGAUUUGCGCAAGCGUAUACGCAAAAUUCCCGAUGUUCCAAUAUUGUAUAUACGUGAUCAUCGUUAUAUAAUUGAGCGUAUGCCAGAUACUCGUGCAGCACCUAAGAAGUGA